AUGCCGGGGACGACGUCGACGGCCCCUGAGACGGCGUCCCCUCCCGCCCCUGGCCCCGCCCCUGGCCCCGCCCCUGGCUCUUCCAAUCGCUGGGAGAUUCUUCGGGUCCUGAAACGCGUCAGCACAACCCGGAUUUAUAGAACGGUGUCGCGUUACGGUGAUGCUGAUGCUGGAGGUGGUGGAAGUGGAGAUGGUGGAGGCGUUGGAGGCGGAGAUGGUGGAGGUGUUGGAGGUGGAGAUGAUGGAGGUGAUGGCCAAAUCGUAGAUGAUAUAGGAAAUGGUGAUGAAAACCAAAACAGCGAUGGUAAGGGCGUAUUCGACGACGCAGACGGCGAUCGGAACGCGACGGAGGAAGCUCUCGACACGACACGGGGUUCCUCGGCCACGGAAGGAUCUCGGACGGAUCUGAAGGACGACGACCCGACACCGGAAACUUCCCGAAGGAACUCGAUCGUCGCCUGGAUGUUCUCGCGGAAGGAGGGACAGAAAAAAAAUAUAAACAUCACCAUGUCCACCUAUAUAACCAGCCUGUGCAUCGUGGUGUACGCUGUGUAUGGGAUCUUAAGGGAACUGGUGCAGCUCUACCAUCAGAAGUUUAGGGUGAGGAUAGAGAGAGAG